AUGCUACCGUACCUCUUUCCUGACCUUGCUGCCUUUCCCACAGUUGCUGACCUCAUUACGCACCUCCGCACUAGUGACACUCGCUACCGCGCUGCACUCCCUCCUGACUUCUGCGCCAGGAACCCCCCCCCCAUGUACAUCACUCUUUACUACAUAGUCACUCGCCUUCCUGACUCCCUUCGCGUAGUCAGGGACCACUUUCUCUCUGUCUGUCCCACCACUCUCACUGUUGUCCUCCUCGAGAAGUCCCUCCUAGCGGCCGAGAAGAGCAUAGUCGCUGUAGGGGCCUCUCGUGGUGACCCGCGCACCCCCAUCUUUGAGGGGUGUUCCCCCUCCCCCCUUCUGCCCUCUGUUGCCUCUGCUGCUGCGGCCGACCUCCUUGUUCUUGAGUCGGUCGGUGCGGCGUCUGCCCCUAGCGGGAGACGCCGCUCUGGCAAGGGCAAGGGGGGCAAGGGCGCUGGAGGAGCGAGCGGGGGCGGUGGAGGUGGAGGUGGCGGCAGUUGGGGGAGUGGGGGUGGCGGUGGGAGUGGAGGUGGGGGUGGAGGGGUCGGUGGCGGCAGUGGAGGUGGAGGUGGCGGCGGCGGUGGCGGUGGGAGCGGAGGUGGCGGAGGUGGCGGUGGUGGAGGCGGCGGCGGAGGCGGAGGCGGCGGCAGUAGCGGAGGCAGUGGAGGCGUCGGAGGCGGCGGGGGUGGCGGUGGUGCUGGUCGCGGGUCUUCGCAGAGGAGUGGCUCCGGUGGUGGCUCGCGCCAGCAGCAGCAGCGUGGUCGUGACACCCUGUCCCCUCAGCAGCUUCGUGAGUGUGAUGAGGGUGACUGUUACCGGUGUUUCCCGCCCGAUCCGGGCAUUGAGACUGCUGCUCUAGGUCCUGGUGAGGCUGCUGCCCUAGGUGCUUGCGACGCUGCUGCUCUAGGUGCUCGUGUGUCUGCGUCCUCAGGUACUGGUGAGUCUGCGCUCUCAGGUACUACGUCGGCUUCGGCCUCCCUCACCUUCACCCUUGACUCUGGGGCGUCUCGCUCCUUCUUUCGGGACCGCACCACACUCACACCGCUGAGUCGACCGGUUGCAGUGUCUCUGGCUGACCCCUCUGGGGGUCCUGUCCUGUCUCGCUUCUCCACAGUCCUCCCGUGUCCGGCGGCUCCCUCUGGCACCCUGUCUGGUCUCUACCUCCCCUCGUUCUCUACGAACCUGGUGAGUGGUGCUGACCUACAGGAUGCGGGUGUCCACCAGUUCACUCCUGCACGUCAGAGAGUGACCCACUGUACAGAGGCUGGCACAGGCCGACACCUGGCUACGUUCACCCGUCAGCCGGGGUCGAGCCUGUACACUCUGACCACUGCGUCUCCUCCAGUUGCUGAGUCUGGUAGGGUAGUUACGUCGGGUCAGGUGUUUGCUGCGGCGUCCAGGUCUGGUCCUGAGUCUGCCCCCUGUUCGUGUCGUCUCCUGUCUCACGAGACUCUCCUCUGGCACCACCGCCUGGGCCACCCCUCUCUGCUUCGGCUCAGAGGUAUGGCCUCCCGUCUUCUUGUGUCCGGUCUCCCCCGGUCCCUCCCUCCCCUUCCUCAGGGCCCUGGCCCUGCCUGUGUCCCCUGUGUCGAGGGGCGCCAGCGUGCUGCCCCUCACUCCUCCCAGUUUCCUCCGACAGAGGCCCCGUUGCAGACACUUCACAUGGACGUGUGGGGCCCAGCCCGCGUCCGUGGACAGGGUCACGAGCGCUACUUCCUGCUCGUUGUUGACGACUACUCGCGUUACACCACAGUCUUCCCCUUGCGCAGCAAGGGUGAUGUCACUGAGGUGCUGAUCGACUGGAUCCGCGCAGCUCGUCUCCAACUCAGGCAGAGCUUCGACUCGGACUUUCCUGUUCUGCGUCUGCACUCGGACAGAGGCGGAGAGUUCUCCUCUGGCCUUCUGCGUGCCUACUGUCGUGCACGGGGCAUCCGUCAGACCUUCACGCUUCCGGACUCACCGCAGCAAAAUGGGAUUGCUGAGCGCCGCAUUGGCAUGGUCAUGGACGUCGCUCGUACGUCUAUGAUGCAUGCGGCUGCCCCCCAUUUUCUGUGGCCGUUUGCGGUGAGGUACGCGGCGCAUCAGAUCAACCUCCACCCCAGGGUCUCCAGGCCGGAGACCUCCCUAGCCUUGCUGUGGACGGGGAAGGUUGGCGAUGCGUCGGCGUUCCGGGUCUGGGGAUCUCGGGCGUUUGUCCGCGACCUGUCUGCGGACAAACUAUCCCCUCGUGCUGCUCCUUGCGUCUUCCUGGGGUUCCCCCCUGACGCGCCUGGGUGGCAGUUUUACCACCCCACCUCUCGCCGUGUUCUGUCCUCCCAGGACGUCACGUUUGACGAGUCGGUCCCCUACUACCGCCUCUUCCCCUACCGCACUCUGUCCCUCCCCCCACCCCCACUCUUCCUGGUACCAGGUCCCCCCCAGGUAGACCCCCUCCCCCCUCAGGGUCCUGCCCCUUCAGGUGUGUCCCAGGUAGACGCAGUCGAGCCUGUCGAGGUCACUGGUGACUCUGGUGCUGCUGAGGGUGCUGAGGCUGGGGGUGCUGUACCUGGGGGUGCGGAGCCUAGGGGUGCUGGGCCUGGGGGUGCUACGUCUGGGGGUGCUGAGCCUAGGGGUGCUGAGCCUAGGGGUGCUGAGCCUGGGGGUGCGGAGCCUGGGGGUGCUGAGCCUGGGGGUGCUGAGCCUGGGGGUGCUGAGCCUAGGGGCGCUGAGCCUGGGGGUGCUGAGCCUAGGGGUGCUACGCCUGGGGGUGCUGAGCCUGGAGGUGCUCCGCCUGGAGGUUCUCCGAAUGCUUCGUCUCGCCGGGAGCCACUUUCUCCACAGGAGCUCCGUGAGUGGUUUGCCCGGCGCUGGAGGCGUGCUGCUGGUAUUGGAGGUCCUUCGGCUGCUGAGGGUGCUGCGGUCGCGGGUCCCGGAGGUGCUCGUCCUGGGUGCACUGGAGCUGGUACUGCUGAGGGUGUUGGCGCUGAGACUACCGCUGGCAGUCCUACUGGGGGUGCUUCUGGUGCUGCUGGAGGUUCUGGAGCUACUGGUGGUGCUGCUGGAGCGGGUGCUCCUGCUGAGGGUUCUGGUGCUGUCCCUGCUGCUUCUAGCGUCGCCGCGCGGCCUCGACCGUACUUCGUUCCACUCCUGCAGCAGGUUCUUGGUCUUCCACCUUCUACUGGUCCUCCUCCUCCCUUAGAGUGUCCACAGCCUGUCUCGUCCCAGCUACAGUUGCAGCCUACCUCCCCUUUGCCUGCUCCUUCUCCCUACACUGGUCCUACUGGAGGUCUGGCUGAGCGUCGUGAGCCUGCGUCUCGCCCUGCGUCGCCUGUCCGUGCUGCUCGCACUAGUGGUCGCGGUUCGCGUCAGCGUCCUCCUCCUGUCCCUGGCACGCACCGGAUGUCUCUGCGUCCGUCCACUGCUCCUCUGCGUGCCCCUUUGCCUUCUCCUCCUGAGUCCUCUCUUCCUGCUCUUGCCGACCCGGAGUCGGACUCUCUUCGUGCUGCCAGUCCUACUGUCACGCGUCUCCUUGCUACUGUUGUCACUGACCCCUCUUUCGAGUCUACUGCUGCGUCUGCUCUCGUUACUGAGCUCGUCGACUUUGCUGCUCGCUGUCGCUUAGACUACGCUGCCAGUCUUGUCGCUGAGUCUGAGUCUGUCUGUCCUCCGUCCGUCGGGGGUGAGUGUGCCCUUGGCACGAACGUUCUUGAGGACAGGCAGGAGGAGUUCCAGUGUCUGGCAGCUGCCUCACCUCAUCUCGUGUCCGUACUGCUUACCCCUGAGGGAGACCCGGAUGCACUUGACAUCCCGACUCCGCGCUCUUACGCGGAGGCGAUAGAGGGUCCCUACUCCUCUCAGUGGCAGGCAGCUAUGGAUGCAGAGAUGGCUUCCUGGAAGUCCACAGGCACCUACGUUGACGCUGUCCCCCCUCCUGGGGCGAACAUCGUCAGUGGCAUGUGGAUCUUCAGGGUGAAGCGGCCGCCGGGUUCUCCGCCUGUCUUCAAGGCGCGUUACGUGGCUCGUGGCUUCAGUCAGCGGCAGGGAGUUGACUACUUUCAGACCUUCUCCCCCACCCCGAAGAUGACCACUCUUCGGGUACUGCUGCACGUUGCUGCUCACCGUGACUACGAGCUGCACUCUCUUGACUUCAGCACAGCUUUCUUGCAGGGCAGCCUGCACGAGGAGAUCUGGCUGCGUCGCCCACCUGGCUUCACUGGGUCUUUCCCUCCUGGUACCCAGUGGAGUCUCCGGCGUCCAGUCUACGGUCUCCGCCAGGCGCCACGUGAGUGGCACGACACACUGAGGACUACGCUUGCGGCUCUUGGGUUUGCUCCUUCUACUGCCGACCCGUCGCUGUUUCUACGCACCGACACCUCUCUGCCGCCGUUCUACAUCCUCGUGUACGUCGACGACUUGGUCUUUGCCACAGCUGACACUGCUGGACUCGCCUACGUGAAGUCCGAGCUGCAGAAGAGACACACGUGCACAGACCUGGGUGAACUGCGCAGCUACCUUGGCUUGCAGAUCACCCGGGACAGAGCACGCCGCACCAUUACCCUGACUCAGUCACACAUGGUGCAGCAGGUCCUUCAGCGCUUCGGCUUCACGUACUCCUCGCCUCAGGCCACUCCUCUGUCUACUCGCCACUCGCUCUCAGCUCUGCCUUCGGAUGAGUCCGUAGAGUCGAGUGGCCCGUACCCAGAGCUUGUUGGCUGCCUCAUGUACCUGAUGACCUGCACACGACCUGACCUUGCAUACCCUCUUAGCAUUCUUGCACGCUAUGUUGCUCCUGGGAGACACAGACCAGAGCACAUGGCUGCAGCGAAGAGGGUGUUGCGCUACUUGUGCAGUACGUCGGGCAUGGGGCUAGUGCUUGGAGGGCGGAGUCCAGUGGUCCUCACUGGGCACGCGGACGCUUCUUGGGCUGACGACCAGGCUACGCAGCGGUCGUCACAGGGUUACACCUUCAGCCUUGGUUCCGGCUCUGUUUCGUGGCGGGCUACUCGCUCGUCUUCUGUUCUUGGCUCGAGUUGUGAGGCUGAGAUCUACGCCGGGGCCAUGGCUGCACAGGAGCUUCGCUGGCUCACCUACCUGCUGACCGACCUUGGAGAGCCGCCUCGUUCUCCUCCAGUCCUGUACGUAGACAACAAGGCCAUGCUGGCCUUGUGUCGAGAGCAGCGACUGGAGCACAGAACAAAGCACAUUGCUCUCCGCUACUUCCUUGCUCGUGAGCUACAGCAACGUGGACAGUUGCGGCUUGCGUACGUGGCCUCUGAGGCCAACACUGCUGAUGUCUUCACCAAGGCACUUCCGCCUUGUGAUCAUCAGCGCUUCUGCACUCAGCUGGGUCUUGUGCCCGUCUUGCCUCACUUGCUCUCCUCUUGA